AUGUUGCUCGCGUCGUUAGUCUCUAGCGUCUUGGUCUUCGGGCUUGGAUCUGCAUCCGUCAUUCCAGAAUCUAUGGUUCAAGAAAGAGGUCAAUACACCGGGUCUGGGUCUGGGUCUGGACAUGGGUGGCACAAAGACGUAGGAUGGGGACAUAAUGACAACAGGAAUUAUCAUGGGGGCAAACAUGGAGGGUGGGGACAAAAGAACUGUGAGAAUGGUCCAAAGUCGAGGAGUUGUUGGACAGGUGAUUACACCGUUGAGACGGAUUCGGAAGAGAGGUGGCCCAAAACUGGAAAGACAGUUCACUACGAUCUCAACAUCUCCAACAUGACUCUAGCACCAGAUGGUACGCCAAGACAGAUGUUGGUGAUCAAUGGACAGUAUCCUGGACCGCUUAUUACUGCAGACUGGGGAGAUAUGCUCGAGAUUGAUGUCACGAACUCUAUGCAAGACAAUGGCACCAGCAUACAUUGGCACGGAUUUACGCAAGUCGGCUCAAGCACUGAGGAUGGUGUCAACGGCGUCACUGAAUGCCCAAUCCCACCGGGAGCCACCCGCAGAUACUCAUUUAGAGCAACGCAGUACGGAACAACUUGGUAUCACAGCCACUUCUCCCACCAAUAUGGAGAUGGCAUUGUCGGCACCAUGCAGAUCAAUGGCCCAGCUUCAGCCGACUACGAUAUUGACCUAGGACCUGUUGCACUGACAGAUUUCUACUAUGAAUCUAUGUGGAAACUGGGACGUAUUGCCGAUGGUACCACACCAGUCCCCGGCAAAUUUGGGCCACCAUCUGCAAGCAAUGGUUUGAUCAAUGGUGCCAACAUGAACGUUGCCAAGACAGCCGGUCACUACUUCAACACCACCUUGAUUCCGGGAAAGAAAUACCGUCUUCGUCUUGUCAACACUGCUGUUGACAAUGCGUUCAUGGUUUCUCUGGACUCCCAUGAGUUUACAGUCAUCCAAGCCGACUUCGUUCCCAUCGUCCCAUACGAGACUGAUUGGUUGUUCAUUGCCAUCGGACAACGAUAUGAUGUUAUUUUUACUGCUUCAGAAAAGCCAGCAAACUAUUGGUUCCGUGCUGAAGUCCAGAAGGGCUGCGGUGAGAACGACAACAAUGGCCAGAUCCUGGGUAUCUUCAACUACAAGACUGUUCCGCUUGCUCUUCCUACUUCGAAGCCAGUUGCAAACUACACUGCUGGCUGCGAUGAUGAAGUUGACCUCGAGCCUGUCUUGAAGAAGAGUGUACCGAAGCAUGAGUUUAAGAAAGUGUAUGAUUACAACGGCACCAGCACUUUGACUGUCGGCCUGAAACAGACUGAGAAGAAGAUCUUCUUCUGGACUAUCAAUGGAAACUCAAUCAACGUCAACUGGGAUAAACCCACCCUCCAAUACAUCAGCGACGGCGACAACUCCUUCCUCCACAACCCCGAACUUGGCAUCAUCGAGAUCCCACACAGAAACGAGUACACCUUCUGGGUAAUCCAAAACUCCAACGGCGUCGCGCAUCCCAUCCACCUCCACGGGCACGACAUGUUCAUCCUGGGCAUCUCCGACCCAUCAGACAUCGCGCCGGCGCCAGUAAACGGCACCGCGAAACCCACACUCUUCACAGCAGACAACAUCGAUGACUUGAACUUCGACAACCCGACUCGUCGCGAUGUGGCGAUGUUGCCGGCGAAUGGAUGGCUGGUUAUUGCGUUCCAGACGGAUAAUCCCGGGGCGUGGCUCAUGCAUUGCCAUAUUGCGUGGCAUGUCAGUGAGGGGUUGGCGGUGCAGUUUUUGGAGAGAAAGAGGGAUAUUCCGAAGAGUAUGGAUUUGAGGAAGGUGAAGGAGAAUUGUAAGGCGUGGGAUAAGUGGUAUAAUGGGAGAGCGCCGACGAAGGCGGAUUCAGGAUUGUGA